AAAGCUCUGCAUUCGCACUUGAUGUCUUUCUGUGACACACGGACUUUGUGAAAUUGCAGAGAUGGUACUGAAGGCUGUUUGCGUGCUGAAAGGAACCGGUGAAGUUACCGGGACCGUAUACUUUGAGCAGGAGGGUGACAACGGUCCAGUGAAGCUGACCGGGGAGAUCGCAGGUCUAACCCCGGGGGAACAUGGCUUCCACGUCCAUGCCUUCGGAGACAACACCAACGGCUGUCUGAGUGCAGGACCCCACUUCAACCCCCACAGCAAGACCCACGGAGGACCCGACGAUGAUGUCAGGCACGUAGGGGACCUUGGCAACGUGACUGCAGGAGCCGACAGUGUGGCUAAGAUCAACAUCCAGGACAAGAUACUGACUCUCACUGGACCCCACUCGAUCAUCGGCAGGACCAUGGUGAUCCAUGAGAAAGCCGAUGACCUGGGGAAAGGAGGCAACGAGGAGAGUCUGAAGACUGGCAACGCUGGCGGUCGCCAGGCCUGUGGUGUUAUUGGAAUUACCCAGUAAACACUCGCCCCCUACUAGGAGCACGAGAACCACUAGCCACGUCUUGAAGACCACCCCGACCCUAUUGGAAGCUCUGUAAAGUCUUAACCCCCCCCACAUCCACCCUAUCCCCCUACCUAAACCAGUACGGAACCUCAUGGACAUCUGACUGAUGGCUUUCCCAAAAACAAAGAUUGUCUGCAGGGUUAAGAGAAUUCUUUGUCCCAUUUUGCACAUCGACUUUAGUGGUGAAGAUGAUGUUUUGGGGAAACUCACCUCUGAAGGAGUGCUGGACUCUGAGGGUUUUAACUCUGGGACACAGCUGGGACAUUGACGUUGAGGACAGAUCUAAUGAAGUGCACUAGGUGGUUGUGGCUAGGGGUUGAUGGGUUGAUUGGGGGGGGGGGGGGAUAUAUAUUUAGACUGUUGUCUGUACACAUAUUGGUCCUAGCUUUGUUGCUUCUGUCUGUAAAAGUACGGGUUUAUUCUUCUACGCUGUCACAACGUCUAGUAUGGAAGCUGUAAGCAUGUAUUAUACAUUAGGUGUCAAAUGGCUUCCUAUGUAGUUCACUACUUAUGCCCAGGGCCAGUAGGGUCAAAGUAGUGAACUAGGUGGGUAGCGAACUAUAUCGGGUGCCUUUUCAGACACACCCAUGAUCAGUGUGUACAAAGCUGCCCAAUAAAAAUACCUUGUCACUAA